CUCACCAAGAGCUUGACAAGACACCAUGGGAAGAGCUCCCUGCUGCGACAAAGCCAACGUGAAGAAGGGACAAUGGUCGCCUGACGAGGACGCCAAGCUUAAGUCCUACAUCGAGCAUCACGGCACCGGCGGCAACUGGAUCGCGCUCCCAAACAAGAUCGGGCUUAAGCGCUGCGGGAAGAGCUGCCGCCUCCGGUGGCUGAACUACCUUCGGCCUAACCUCAAGCGCGGAGGGUUCUCCGAAGAAGAAGACGACAUCAUAUGCAGGUUGUUCGUCAGCAUCGGAAGCAGGUGGUCUGUGAUCGCUUCACAAUUGCCGGGGAGGACCGAUAACGACGUCAAGAACUACUGGAAUACAAGGCUGAAGAAGAAGCUCUUGGGCAAGCACGCGAAGGGAGCAGAAGCUAAGGGAGAUGACAAUGGCGGGAUCACUGGCUCGCCUCAGCAACCUGCUCCAAUCGAUCACGUACGCCAUGAGCUUGAUGGGAGAUUCUACAUUGACGCAGCAAACCAUGGAAGUGAUAGAAAUUAAGCGAAGAAAAUAGAAAUAUAAAAAUUGUAGAAGAAACUAUGAAAUGUAUAAGAUAUAAUUGCCUAAUACAUUUUGAUAGUGAGUUCUUGACAGUCAUUUAUACACACUCAGUAGGGAAGUUAUACACAUUCAGCAUGAAGGAUUUUUCUCAACUGCUGAGAGAUUUCCUCAACUGCCUUGAGGAAAUCUUAUCUGCUUAUCAUGCCCCCGUAAGAUUGAGCUUCCAUCAAGGAUGCCGAUCUUGGACCGAUGAGAUGAAAAUAGUUUACGGGCGAGAGGCUUUGUGAGUGAGUCGGCUAGUUGAUCUGCUGUAUGUACAUGAGAAACUCGGAGUUGAUGUCUGGCAACUUGAUCUCGCACAAAAUGGAAGUCGAUGGCUAUGUGUUUCAUGCGGGAAUGGAACACUGGAUUGGCACAUAAAUAAGUAGCUCCAAUAUUAUCACAAUAUAUUGUAGGAAUAACCGUGGAGUUGACGUUGA